CCGGCGCCGCCAUGGUCGGGGAGCUGCGGCCGGUGUACCGGGGGCGGUUCUUUGACAGGUUUCCCGAGCUGCCAACAGCAGGAAAACUGAUCCCAGUUGGAGAUACAGCUGCCAGUUGUCUGACUGAAGUUUUUCCCAGGCCUAUUACACCCCCGGUUGUGAGAAAGUUUCUCAAUUCUACAAGUCCAGCUCCUGGUGCUGAAAGAAUAUUCUAUGGCAGAGCAAAUGAUCCUGAUAUUGCAGUCCAUUUGACACAUGGCAUUAGCUCCCGGUCUUCACUGAGUGCUGGCUUCUUGACAAAUCCACCUCGAAAAACUCGGUUUCAACAAAAAUUUGAAGAGAGAAAAGAAGCCCUGUAUUUAAGUAAUCGCCAAGCACCUCUGGGGAGGUCAUAUGAUCAAACUUCAAUGUUACCUAAAGGCAUGGAUGUGACUGCCACCACUUUUGGAACAACAACCAUCAGAGACACACCUGGUGGAGAGCUUAUAAAUCCACCAAAAAGCUUUGAGGUAGUGGAUAAUGAAGCAAAAGAAGGACAUGAGUUGUAUGUUGUGACACACAAUGAUUACAAUGUAGGGGAAGCAAUAAACAGGAAAUAUGAGCCAUCAACAUUCAACAAAUAUCAUGUUUAUGGAAUAGAAACACCUCACUUUAAUGAUGGACGAAAUGUAUCCAAAUCUUUACGCUGGCUUUACAAUCUCCAAUUAAAGAAAGCAGCAAAAAUAGUGUCCAAAAGAAGUGAUGAUUUCAAGGAAAAAUUUCAGCCUCAGCUUGGAAAAGUCCUUGAUCCCAUAGCAGAAACUAUGAACGUGCCACCAGACCAUACAUUUGGAAUGUUUCUUCGUCCUGAUGAGUUCGGAGUUGGUGAUCUUCUUCACAAUAGGGUUCCGAGUGAGUUCCUCCGUGGUAAGGACAGAGAGAGAGCUGUCUUCACUGCAAUUCGACAGAAUUUGAAGAAAGCUAACUACCACAAUUUUGGCACAUUACUAGAAGCAUUCAGGCAUUAUGACAAGAACGGUGAUGGGAAGAUAGACAAAGAAGAACUGAGGAAGUCUUGUUUUCAGCUAAAUCUCGAUCUAGAUGAGGAACUGCUGGAUGCUUUAUUUGAUUACUGUGAUUUGGAUAAAGAUGGUCUGAUUGACUAUCUGGAGUUUGUAAACUUUCUUAACUGGAAAGACAAAAUGUCUAUUGAAGAAUUUGAAAAAAACAUAAUUACAAAAGGGAAAAAGCCAGAUGGUUCUGAGCCUUCCCUAUCUGAAGAUGCAGAAAUCAAAACAAACAAUGGAUCACUGUUAAAAGAUGAAGAUCUUGUACCAAAGGAACCUGGAACCUCAGAAAAGACACCAAAAACUCUUACAAGACCAACAGAUCGUGUAUUUGCUGAUUAUCGCACAACUUCUUCUCAGUACAAUGCAACUGUAGGAGGUCUCCCUGCAACUUGUUACCCAUUAUACGGCGUUCCAACCAUUCGUUCAGAUAUUCCUGCCCCUCGUGUUCGCCGCAUCAGUGACAGAACUAAUUAUGGUGAUGAAGCCAAUGCUUAUGCAUUAUUAUGUCCAUCUGUCUUCAGCCAGAAAGGAGUGUAUGAGAGAGAUUUUUUUAAGACAAGACCAAAGUCAGAGAUUGCACGAAUUCUCCGUAACAUCGGAGUGAGCAUUUCAGAUCAAAACUUUGAAGAAGUAUGGAAGCAGGCCUGCAUGAAACAUCACAGAGGAGAUGUCUGUGUAGAAUCCAUCAGAAAUAUACUGGAUGAGAUACAAGCAUCACACACAAAAUGCAGUUGAGGUUUUCUAUUCUUUGUGGUAUUUUAUUUAAAAUAAAAUCUGCCAUAACUUUGGUAUUGACUAGAACAAAUGUUUAAAUGUAUUGUGUUUACAGAAUUAGGGCUUGUCUGCACUACCCGCCAGGAUUGGUGGGUAGAAAUCGAUCUCUCGGGGAUCGAUUUAUCGCAUCUCGUCGGGACGCGAUAAUCGAUCCCCGAAUCGACGCGCGUACUCCACCAGCCCAGGUAGGAGUAAGUGCCGUCGACGGCGGUCGAUUUGCCACCGUCCUCACAGCGGGGUAAGUCGGAUCAGAUACGUCGAAUUCAGCUACGCUAUUCCCGUAGCUGAAUUUGCGUAUCUGAAAUCGAUCCCCCCCUGUAGUGUAGACAUAGCCUUAGAAUCCAAUCUAUAGUCCUUCUGUAAGGACCGUGGGAGACCGCAUAUAUAUGAAGCUUAUCCCCCAUUAAAGUCUGGGAAUUGGACCACUGAUUUCAGUGGGAACAGGACUAGAUAUAUUAUUUGCUUAUAAAUUGAAUUCAGUUGUUUCUCUGUAUAUUAUUAUAUGACUUAAUGUGUCUCAGUGUUCAAUUUUACAUUUUGAGCCUGAACACUUUUCCAUCUUGUCUUUGUUUACAAAAACAGAAACCAUUGCAUAAAUAUUUGAAAUGUUUUUACAUACUGAGAAUAAUUAAAUAACAAGAACUUGUCUGAUAAAGAAUUUUUUUUUAAAGCCGGUAUUUCUGUGUAAAGAAAAUCGUUCCUCUGCUCUUCUAGAAUUCCUUGUUGGUGUCAACAAAACGGUGGCUAAAGAUGAGCUGGUUGCCAAAAUUUAUUUGGAUUUUCAAAAACCUCUUUGAUGAAGCCCCUCACAGGAGGAUGCUAAGGAAAUAAAAUAAUCAUGGAUUGAGAUGUAAAGUAUUGACUAAGACAGCAAACAAAGCAGGGAUAAAUAGCCAAUUUUCAACAUGGCAAAAGGCUAACAGCCUGGUACACCCAAGGUUAUGAUACUAGAAACCAGUAUUCAAUAUAUGCAAUCUGGAAAAAUGGGUGAAUACUCAGAUGCAAAAUUUAAAGAUCACACAAAAUUAUAUAGGUUAGAAAAGGCUAGAGAAGACCAUGAGGAAUUUCAGAGGGACCUAACCCUCAGUUCAUCAAUAGCAAAUAAAAUUAAUUGUUGACAAAAGCAAGGUAAUACACUUUGGAAAGAAUGAUCUGAACUAUGGAGAUGCUCUGCUGGAUUCUAAAUCUAAUUGUAACCACACAAGAAAAAAUCUGACUGUGGACAUCUGUGACAGGGAGCUGUCAGCAACACUCUGGUCACUGACAUUGCUGCAGCCUAGAGAAGUCUGCAGGCCCAGUUGAGGGCAAUUACACACUUUCUUGUGGGGGAUUAUGAGCAUAUGGGUGACAAUCACAGGAUAACAAGGGAGAAUAUAAGGGGAGGAAACAGGGAUCAAGGGCAGCUCAAAAGAGCUCAGGAGGAAUCUCAGAGUGUGAGCCAGGCCAGGCAGGGCGGCAGGGAAGCCAGUCCUUGCUAUAAGUCUGCAUUGCAUUGUAUUGUUAUGUAAUAAAUAGACAGCCUGGUGUGCGUUUGUGACUGCAAAACCAUCUUAACUGGCCAGGCAGUGAGGUUCACUGGGUAAUGAUGCAGGUGCCCUGUGACAACGUUUUUAUGAAAAUCUCUGCUCAGCAUGCAAAUAAAAUGUUAGGAUGAAUAAAAAAAUGGGAUUGAAAAUAAUAAUGUUCGUUUCUGAAUCAAUAUUAUGCCCUUGUCCUAGAAUAUUAUGUUCAGUUCUGGUCACUUUAUUUAAAAAAAGGAUAUAGAAACAAUAGAGAGAGUUCAGAGAUAGGCAUUCAAAAUGACUACAGAUAUGAAAAGACUUCCAUUUAAAAAAUAAAGUUGAAAAGAUUGGGAUUAUUUAGUUGAGAGACAGGAAAAAUAGGAAGGGAUUUGAUAGAGGUAUACCAAAUAAUAAUGUAGUCAGGGAAAAUCAAG